CACCUGAAUAUCACUGCAAAGGUGGGGAGGAGAGAGUGAGCUGUCAGUUUAACUAUGACAAAAGCAAUGUAAAUAACUGUGUGCUGUGUUGUACUUUGAACUGUUUUUAUGUCUGUAGAGUGAAUAAAACUUUAUUGAUUUAUGUUUUAAUAGUGAGAUACUUUAAGGUCACUCCUCUUCCGAAAAUGAGAGUCUGAUGACGUCUCACGCUUCUUCCUCAUUGUUGAACUGGAAAGUGUGUAAAGGACACGAACUGCCAGUCACUGACACCGAGAGCAGAGAUGGCGCAGAAAGAAGUUGAACUGGAUCGAGAAACAAUCAGUUGUUCCAUCUGUCUGGAUCUACCGAAGGAUCCGGUGACUAUUCCCUGUGGACACAGCUACUGCAUGUACUGUAUUAAAGGCCACUUUGAUGAAGAGGACAAGAAGAAAAUCUACAGCUGUCCUGAGUGCAGCUGUGGACAACUCUUCACAUCGAGGCCUGUCCUGGCGAAAAGCACCAUGUUAGCAGUUUUAGUGGAGCAGCUGAAGAAGACUGGACUCCAAGCUGCUCCUGAUGAUCACUGCUAUGCUGAACCUGAAGAUGUGGCCUGUGAUUUCUGCACUGGAAGAAAACUGAAAGCCUUCAAGUCCUGUUCUGUCUGCCUGGCAUCUUACUGUGAGAAACACCUUGAACCUCACUAUAAGUCACCUACAUUUAAACAACACAAGCUGGUGGAUCCCUCCAAGAAGCUCCAGGAGAACAUCUGCCCUCAUCAUGAUGAGGUGAUGAAGAUGUUCUGUCGUACUGAUCAGCAGAGUAUCUGUUAUCUCUGCUCUGUGGAGGAACAUAAAGGCCACGACACAGUCUCAGCUGCAGCAGAAAGGACUGAGAGGCAGAGAGAGGUGGAGGGGAGACGACAAAACAUCCAGCAGAUGAUCCAGGACAAAGAAAAGGAUGUGAAGCUGCUUCAACAGGAGCUGAAGGCCAUCGCUCACUCUGCUGAUAAAACAGUGAAGGACAGUCAGGAGAUGUUCACUGAGAUGAUCCAUCUCCUCCAGGAAAGAAGCUCUGAUUUGGAGCAGCAGGUCAGAUCCCAGCAGGAAACUGAAGAGAGUCGAGUCAAAGAGGUUAAGGAGAAGCUGGAGCAGGAGAUCACUGAGCUGAAGAGGGAAGACGCUGAGCUGAAGCAGCUCUCAGACACAGAGGAUCACAACCAGAUUCUACACAACUACCCGUCACCGUCAACACUCAGUCAAUCUACACACUCAUCCAGCAUCAAUAUCUGUCCUCUGAGGAACUUUGAGGACGUGAAAGCAGCUGUGACAGAGCUCAGAGAGAAACUAGAGGACGUUCUGAAAGAGACAAGGACAAACAUCUCACUGACAGUGGCUGAAGUGGAUGUUUUACUGUCACAACCAGAGCCAAAGACCAGAGAUGAAUUCUUAAAGUAUUCAUGUGAAAUCACACUGGAUCUAAAUACAGCAAACAGAUAUCUGGUACUGACUGAGGGGAACAGAACAGGAACAUCAGUGUAUCAACUACAGCCUUAUCCUGAUCAUGCAGACAGAUUCAUUAAUUGUUCUCAGGUUCUGAGUAGAGAGAGUCUGACUGGAUGUUGUUACUGGGAGGUGGAGUGGGGAGGCAGAGUUGGUGUAGCAGUCACAUACAAGAAUAUCAGCAGAGCAGGGGAUGAAACUGGAUUCGGAUUCAAUGACAAAUCUUGGACAUUAUAUUGUUCCACUUCUACAUUUGUGUACAACAACAUCCAAACUCCCGUCUCAGCUCCUCCUUCCUCCAGAGUAGGAGUGUACCUGGAUCACAGAGCAGGUAUUCUGUCCUUCUACAACGUCUCUAAAACCAUGACUCUCCUCCACAGAGUCCAGACCACAUUCACUCAGCCGCUCUAUGCUGGACUCUGGGUUGGUUCAUCAUCAAGUGCUGAGUUGAUUGAGCUGAAGCAGACAGAGAUAACUUCAGGACCAGAGAUUGCAGUGCCUCUGGAGUGGCAGACCUGGGUGGUGGUCCCCAUCUUUAAGAAGAGGGACCAGAGAGUGUGUUUCAACUAUAAGUCAAUCACACUCUUCCUCCUCCGCAGGAAAGUCUACUCAGGAAACAGAGUUUACAUCAGAGCUCAGAAUAGUUUCACUACUAAGAAAGAGGAACUCACAGAGUCACUGACAUUGAGAGCAGAGAUGGCUCAAAAAGGAGUUGAACUGGAUCAAGAAACCUUUUCUUGUUCCAUCUGUCUGGAUCUACUGAAGGAUCCUGUGACUAUUCCCUGUGGACACAGCUACUGCAUGAACUGUAUUAAAAGUCACUUUGAUGAAGAGGACAAGAACAAAACCUACAGAUGCCCUGAGUGCAGACAACUCUUCACAUCGAGGCCUGUCCUGGUGAAAAACACCAUGUUAGCAGCUUUAGUGGAGCAGCUGAAGAAGACUGAACUCCAAGCUGCUCCUGAUGAUCACUGCUAUGCUGGACCUGAAGAUGUGGCCUGUGAUGUCUGCACUGGAAGAAAACUGAAAGCCUUCAAGUCCUGUAUAUUUUGUCUGGCAUCUUACUGUGAGAAACAUCUUGAACCUCACUAUAUGUCACCUAAAUUUAAACAACACAAGCUGGUGGAUCCCUCCAAGAAGCUCCAGGAGAACAUCUGCUCUCGUCAUGGUGAGGUGAUGAAGAUGUUUUGCCGUACUGAUCAGCAGAUUUUCCGUCAUCUCUGCUCUAUGGAUGAACAUAAAGGCCACGACACAGUCUCAGCUGCAGCAGAAAGGACUGAGAGGCAGAGAGAGGUGGAGGUGAGACGACAAAACAUCCAGCAGAUGAUCCAGGACAAAGAGAAAGAUGUGAAGCUGCUUCAACAGGAGCUGAAGGCCAUCGCUCACUCUGCUGAUAAAACAGUGAAGGACAGUCAGGAGAUGUUCACUGAGAUGAUCCGUCUCCUCCAGGAAAGAAGCUCUGAUGUGGAGCAGCAGGUCAGAUCCCAGCAGGAAACUGAAGAGAGUCGAGUCAAAGAGGUUAAGGAGAAGCUGGAGCAGGAGAUCACUGAGCUGAAGAGGGAAGACGCUGAGCUGAAGCAGCUCUCAGACACCGAGGAUCACAACCAGUUUCUACACAACUACCUGUCACCGUCACCACUCAGUCAAUCUACACACUCAUCCAGCAUCAAUAUCCGUCCUCUGAGGAACUUUGAGGAUGUGAAAGCAGCUGUGACAGAGCUCAGAAAGAAACUAGAGGACAUUCUGAGAGAGACAAGUACAAACAUCUCACUGACAGUGACUGAAGGGGAUGUUUUACUGUCACAACCAGAGCCAAAGACCAGAGAUGAAUUCUUAAAGUAUUCAUAUGACAUGACACUGGAUCCAAACACAGCAAACAGACGUUUGGUAUUGUGGUCAGGGAACAGAAAAGUAGAAUCUAUGGAUAAAAUAGUGCCUUAUCCUGAUCAUCCAGACAGAUUCACUAAUUGGUCUCAGGUCUUGAGUAGAGAGAGUCUGACUGGACGUUGUUACUGGGAAGUGGAGAGGAAAGGACAAGGAGUUGGUGUAACAGUUGCAUACAAGAGUAUCAGCAGAACAGGGAAUGAAAGUCAAUUUGGACGUAAUGACAAAUCUUGGACAUUAGAUUGUUACAGAAACAUAUUUUGGUACAACAAGAUCCAAACUCCCAUCUCAGCUCCUCCUUCCUCCAGAGUAGGAGUGUACCUGGAUCACAGAGCAGGUAUUCUGUCCUUCUACAGCGUCUCUGAAACCAUGACUCUCCUCCACAGAGUCCAGACCACAUUCACUCAGCCACUCUAUGCUGGAAUUUGGAUUUAUGGUUGGAUUAAAACAAGUGCUGAGUUGAUUGAGCUGAAGUAGACAGAGGUGACUUCAGGACGUAUGGUGUCGAGUUAUAAUUAUGUAAAUAUCGUGUAUAUAGUAUAUUUGUUUUUCUGUUAUAUAGUACGUAUGGAGUUGAGUGCUUUCAAUGUCAGAUCUUCGGAGCCUCCAAAGAUGAGUCAUCGGUGAGUGUAAUUUAUUUUUAUUCUAAGUAUUUAAAUUGUAAUGGAAUUUGUGUAAUGUGUAACUGUCAAUUUGUGUGUUUGUGUGGACCUGAAAUGGCUGUUUGGCCGUGGUAUACUGUGUGCGGUGACUUUGUAUGCUGAUUGCUGUGUAUUGGGUGCGCGCUUUUCAUGGCAUGAACCGUGCAUUGUGGUUUUGUUGUUGUCACGUUGUUUUGAUCUUGAAUAUUUGAUAUAGUGACAUCUUGAACACUCCCAUUUGAUGACACUAUUGAUAUGAUAAUCUAUGUCAUCAGAUUGGCAUUGUUUAUGUGAUGGCAUUGUUCAGAUGCAUUUUUGUCAUUUUUUAACGAGAAAAUGCAGCACCUCCCCCUUGCAUUUCAUAUGAUCCUCCUCUCUCGUUUACCCCUCCCUCGUUUACCAAGCACAUACACAUGUUUAGUUUUCCAUCUCCAAACAAAGAUCUAUUUACUUUAUCACAACACAUUAUAGUCAUUAGCAACAGCCCUAACUUUUACUGUUGGUAUUAC